AUGUUAAAUGCUGUGAAGAAUUUUUCAGUGGGGUAUAAUCCCAAUAACAAAAGCAACACUUUCACCAGCGGUGAUUACCUUACAGGAACAAUUACAUUGGAUCUUGCCGAGGACUGCAAAAUAAAUUCCCUCUGUGUGAAGCUGAAGGGAAAAGCUAAAGUCAAGUGGGUUGAAUCAUAUGGCAGAACCAUUGUGGUGUACCACGCCAAGGAGAAGUACUUCAGCAUUAAGCAGUUCAUCAUUCAGGAGGGCCAUGGGAAGAGUAACGUUGGCCAAGGUAGCCAUGUCUACCCAUUCACCUUACAGUUCCCUGAACAGGAUUUACCAUCUUCCUUUAGGGACAAAAAAGGAAAAAUCCUGUACAAACUGGAGGCAAACCUGAGCAGACCGAUGAGUAUGGACAGCAAAGCUAAGGCUCAGCUCACCUUUAUCUCCAAAACAAACUUGAACACUCCUCCAGGGCUGAUGGCUCCACAGCACAGUGUGAAAGAUAAGACAAUGAAGCUCUUCACUUCAGGAACAGUAGCUAUGGAUGUAAAUAUUGAUCGAAUGGGCUUCUACCAGGGAGAAGACAUAAAAGUUGUGGCCUUCAUUCAGAAUCGCUCCUCUCGUGAGAUUAAACCUAAAUACAGAUUAUAUCGGAAGCACAGUUUUUUUUCAAAGUUAAAGAGGAAAGUUGAAACCAAGGAGCUCCUGAAGGAGGUGGGCGAGCCAGUCCCACCCUCAGUCAGUCAGACUGUCACCAGGAUCAUCACCAUCCCUCCCGCCGCAGACCCCUCCAUCCUAAACUGCAACCUCAUCAAAGCAGAAUACAGACUCAGGGUCUAUCUGGAUGUCAAGUAUGACACAGACCCUGAGAUCAAGUUUCCAAUCGUCAUCCUGCCUGCCAUUCAGGCACCUGAUGUGCAGCCACCACCUGCCAAUCCUGCCUUUGUGUUUGAGGGAUUUAGAAACCCAGAGCAUCCAGGCUGGGACAGCUCCACGCAAAACCCGACAGCCUCAGGACCCUCUGCUCCCCCUCCGACCUCCCAGCUCUAUGGGAUUUACCCACCUUUGUCUGGUUUUGAUGAAAAAUUCUAGUUGUUCAGAUUUGGAGGACUAAUUGAAAAAGAUCAGUGUUUCUUAUUAAGCUCUUAAUAAAUAA